GCUUUGGUUCUGGUCUUAUAGAUGCCCAGACGUGAAGAUUUCGUUAAAAAAAAACCUGAAACAAGAAAGCAUCUUAACUUCUAAUCAAAAGUCACAAAUUAUAGCCUUCAACAAAGUGUACGAUCGAUAGGCUACCAUUACGGCUCGCGGGAAAAGACGUGUGAUUCUCUCAGACAAUCGCUUACGUCACAAGUGUCAGUAGCUAUGCCUAAGUUUGGAUUUUGAGGGAAAAAAACUGUCGGUUUUCCAAUAUGGAAUGUUUUCGGAAAGUUUUUGGUAGGCUGCCAUUUGCACUUAUCCUGUUGCUUGGUUAUUCGAGUGUCGGAUUCGCCAGAGGCUCUGUUGGAUGCCUGUACCAACAUGGAAUGUGUGAAGUUGGAAAAGAGUGGUGCUAUGACGAUGCCAUUUUUGGGCAAUGCCUCCUAUUAAAAACGGAAGCAUUAGAUUCGUCGUCAGUAUUACACCGAAACUUAAUUGGUGAGGUCGAAUUGGCAGCUUUGGAGGCUGCCCUCACAGAACUCAAACGCAUGGGUUAUCAAUGGACUGAUCCUGUUACGCAGUGUGUGCUCCAACGCCUUUUUCUUUAUUUGAAAAACAAGGGUUCGGGGACUCCUGAUGUUUGCCUGGAGCUCGAUGAAAUCAACAAGAAAGGAAGCAAAAUACAUGAAGAAAAACAGAAUAAUUUGGCACAUGGCACAAGUCGAUCCGAUCAAGAUUUUCUUCAAGCACCCAUAUAUUUGAGUCGGAAUGACAUAUUGGGCUUAGAAGACCUCAUGAAAGAUGACCUCUACGAUACGAAUUACAACCAAAACCUUUUCUCUGAAAAUGGUCCAUCCAAAGAAUUUGAUAAUCCCAAGAAAUUUUCUGAUGAUGCACGCUCGUCCAGCGACACAUCUUUUAGCCAUCCAGUUGAAUAUCCUCAUCGGAAUUACAAGGAUGCCGAGCAACAACUGACAAACUUGAAGCAAAUCCUGUCGUCUGUUAAGAAAGCCAAUAUUUACAAUGAGUCCCCGCAAGCUGCUGAUGACGUGCUCUUUGAUAGUGAAGAAGAUGAUUUCAACCUCCCACCUGGCAGCAUCUACGCUAAUUCACAGUUUGAGAGACAAGAGCGAUUGGAUGUUAAAAAACCUGGUCCGUGGUUUUCUGUCAACAAUUUCGCUUUCGAACAUGAGGAAAAUGACGGUGACAACCUCUCUGGCACGUGGGCCCUUUCCAAUGAAUCGCCUGUAUUUGAAGAGCGUUACAUACCAAUUCACUCGAUAGAAGAUUUAACCUCCAAUCGUGAUUUUCGUAAAAAUAACUACCUUGUCGGACCUAAGACUGAAGACGGAAGAAAAAAUUCUAUGCAAAGUUUAGUUGAAAAAUCCAUCGAUGAGAGUGAUAAAGAUGAUAUUUUUUCUAAAAAAACUAUCGAAUCGCCAACCCAUAACAUGAAUACGGAUAAUAAAGCUUCAGCAGAAGAAAUUGAACAUAAUCUACCCAAAACAGAAAAGCAACAGAACGCAAAGAUCAUCUCACCUGUUCAUCUUGAUCGCGAAAAUGAAGAUACAAACUACGUUUUCAUAACUAUCAAAGGAGAGUUUUUGAACUGGAGACAAGGUACUGAAUUUGUAAAGGCUCUUUGUGAUCUACUAAAAAUACAUCACAACAACUUGUAUGAUGUCAGCGUGCAAAAGAAUAAAGUUUCGUUUCGAAUACAAACACAAGACAAGGAUCUAAAUCCAUCCCUAAUAGCAUCUAAAGCAGAUGAAAUGCGCCUCAAAAUAAAAGAAGUUACUGGAUUCGAAUUGGAUACUACCGGCAGUGGAGAACAACAGUCAAGUGUUUCCAGUGUCCACUUUUGGGGACAGGGGAAUCAACAGAUGCUCCUUACCGCUGGCUUGUGCGUGCUGACUUCCGCCAUCCUGGUAUCUGCAGGAAUCUUCUUGCUUUUACGUAGCCGCCAUCUCGCUCGUCAAAAACUCAAAGAAUUUACACAAUCUGCCGAUAGUGAAGCGACUCGGGAUUAUCAAGAUUUAUGUCGCGCACGUAUGGCAAUUAAAGGCUCUACUCCUGAACCGGCCAAAGAUCCAUCAAAAAUGCCACACGCAUUGCUUUCACGCGACUCGGAAUCUUCCAGAUCCAGUACUUCUUCAUGGUGUGAGGAACCGGUUCUUACUAACAUGGACAUUUCCACGGGCCACAUUGUUUUGUCCUACAUGGAAGACCAUCUACGAAACAAGUUUCGUUUAGAGCAAGAAUGGCAAGCACUUUGUUCCUACGAAGCCGAAACUUCCACCAGCUUUUUGAUUGCCUCCAAACCGGAAAAUAAUGAAAAGAACCGAUACGGCGACGUGCUACCUUACGAUCACUCUCGCGUGGUGCUGAAUGUUUUGGCCAACACUUCGGGAGCGGAUUACAUCAACGCAUCUUCUAUCACUGACCACGACCCAAGACAUCCGGCUUAUAUAGCGGCGCAGUCACCAGUCGCCCAAUCAGUAUCAGAUUUUUGGCAAAUGAUCUGGGAGCAAGGGAGUGUCGUUCUCGUGCUGCUGACUAAAAUCGUUGAGAAUGGAGAGGAACUAUGCCACAAAUAUUGGCCCGAGGAAGGAUCGCAACUCUAUCACAUUUACGAGGUCCAUUUGGUGAGCGAACACAUUUGGUGCGAUGAUUACCUUGUCCGUUCGUUUUAUCUGAAAAACAUCCGCACCGGCGAAACCAGGACCGUCACCCAGUUCCACUUUCAAUCCUGGCCUGAAAACGGAGUUCCUUCAUCCACCAAAGCUUUACUGGAAUUUAGGAGAAAAGUCAACAAAUCCUAUCGCGGUCGCUCGUGUCCUAUUGUUGUUCACUGCAGCGACGGAGCGGGAAGAACUGGAACUUAUUGUUUGAUAGAUAUGGUGCUCCAUCGCAUGGCCAAGGGAGCCCGUGAAAUCGACAUCGCCGCAACUCUCGAACAUUUGCGCGACCAGCGCCCGCAUGCUGUGCGCACCAAGCAACAGUUUGAAUUCGUCCUCACGGCUGUAGCCGAGGAAGUCCACGCCAUCCUGCGAGCGCUGCCCCAAUAAGCUAGGCAAUCACCACAUCAAUCGACACAAAUUAGAAUUAUAUCGGGAGUAUUUUUAGUAUUUUUAUCACAAUAUAUUAUAACAUUAUAUCCUCAACUCAGUAUCAAAGAAAGCACACUGGAUUUAUUUCAUCAAUUGUGGUUUGACUCUUCCUUCAUGGUAGUUACAGUGUGGCUACCAGCGGUUGCCUACUCAGCGCUUCCCACAAUUUAUAUACAGGCCUACUAUUCUUUGAUAUUUGGAACAUUCCCCCGCGUAUCACACUACACGUCAACCACUUGAUAACGGUGCGCAGUUCAUACCUUCCAUUCCAUUCUCUUAGUUUGAUCUCCAAUUUAUUCCACCGACUUGGAUCAUUUGAAAAGAUUAAUUUUUUCUUUUCAGUUUCUCAUAUUCUUUUAUUUUUUAAAAGACUAUACUUUGAGGAAAAGUAAGAUUUAUUUUGCUAGACGAACGUUUGCAAACAGCAAGCUGAUUAAGUUUUUAGCCACAAUUUCCUUAUGUUACACACCGUAUUAUUUUAUUUUUUUAAAUUUUACCAUUAAGAGCGCAGUGGUUAAUAGGAUUAUUAGUUUAGUUUUAAGUUAUGCACACAUUUAUUAUUUAACUUUGUUUCAUAAUAUUUGUGCUAAUUUAUCGUUGGGUUAGGGAUGGCUAUUUCAUUAUCAAAUUUACAUGUGCGUUUGAAAUCGUUGUAUUCGUCCACUACAUAAGCAAGUGCACACUGACGUGCAAAAUAUUAUAUAUCUAUUAUAUCUAAUCAAUUUUCUAAUUAAACUGGGCCGCGGUAAGGUCAUCGCACACUAAUUGAUUAGAUAUUAAUAAGAAACGUACAUACAGAAAAAAAUUCUGGGCCAUAUUCGAUAAAUCCCCGAUCGCACAGUCAAUCCAGUAGAAACUAACCCUCCGAAUAGCACUUGAUUUAUGCACUGCUUAUUUCCCCCUAGUUUACAAGAGGCCUGAGAGUCCUAUAGUCGAUCCGAAGCGAUGAAAAUGAACAACAAAAUUGAGUUUUUAUUUUGUUUCUCAAUUUGUUGCAUCUUAAAUCACCUGGCAACAAAAGAAGCGUUUUUCUUGACUGUUGCUCUUUUAAAAAACAAAAUAAUUAAUUACCAAGACGAUGAACUGUCCGGCUGCUGCCGAACUGGCAUUCCCUAGUUUAAGAAUUCUAAAUAGUGGGCUAACUAGAACUUUGCCUCAUCUCUCAACAUGAUGGACUAUACCCUUAAUUAUAUCCUCAACCGUUAAAAAAGCAGACUAGUAACGAUUAAAUGACAGUUUUGUUUUUUAAAUAUUUUAUAUGAUUUUUAAAGACCUUUUUACAAAUUACAGGGCUGGGUAAUAAAGAACUGAACUUGAAUAGGGACAUACGAGAAACAAAAAGAAACUAUGAAACGUUAUUAUUAUUGUUUUGAUUAAAAAUGAGUUUAUAACACGUAGGAAUACACAUUACACAGUAACGCACUAACUAUUUUUGUGAAACGGCCGAAAGGAAAGGUUUCGAAAGAUCGACUUAUCAACUACAAGUUAAUAUUGAAUUAUAGACGUUAGUUUGCAUAAGUUCGGUACUUUCCAUUCUGCGUGAUCCAACAUACAAAAUUAUAUCAUGUGAAACAUUUAACACAAAUUAAUUAACAAACAAUUAUGUAAUAUGUUUAAUUGGACAGUACGUGUUGCACGCUUAAUUGUUGUUAAAGUAUUUAUCCUGCGUUAGUCGUUUUUUAGUUCCUCAAACAGUCACACCUUUUCAUUUUGUGUUUCUCCUUCCUUUUAGUAGAACAUAUUACGCGUGUCAGUUAUUUUCCUUGAGUUUAUAUUUGCAAAGAAAAUUUAUCUUUUAAAAAUUAUUUUGUUUUCGGUAUAAUUUUUUAUAUGGUUAACACUAUUAGUUCAUUAAGACGUAGUUUUACGCCAAGGAAUUACACAUCGGGAAAUCGAAUAUUCCAAAUCCUUAACGUAACAUUUUAAUUUUUUUCAAAAUAUUAGGAACAUCUGAAUAGAGAUGUCCUUGAUUUAUUGGUUGUAAUAUCUAUGUCCACAUAUUUGAAUUCCGUGUUGUAUGUUAUCACGAAAUAAAAGCAUCCGAAAAGCAA